AUGGCCAAGGCGAGGUUCCUGGGGGGACUGCGCCACCUUGUGGUAGCAAUUAUAUUUGCCGUUCAGGUCCCACAUUUCCGCAAUACUGGUAGCGACUUGAGGACACCCACGGAAAGGGUCACACGAGAUUCACCCAGCGGGUUCCCAAGAGGCCUCCAACUGCAGGUGCCUGACCAGCCUCGAGCUCACCUGAAGACGGCUGCUUCUCAUUUGCGACUCCGGCAGCGCAGGCGGAGACUGCUCAUCAAAAAGAUGCCGCCGACUGCAGGAACCAUCCGCGGAGGCAGGAACUCGACUGAGACCUUUGUCCAGCCAAGACCCCGCACCGUGGACAGUCGUUGGGUCAGCCUGCAGCAGACCCAGCAGGAGCGCAAGCGCGUGAUGCAGGAAGCCUGUGCCAAGUACAGGGCCAGCAGCAGCCGCAGAGCGGUCACUCCCCGCCACGUGUCCCGCAUCUUCGUGGAGGACCGCCACCGGGUGCUGUACUGCGAGGUGCCCAAGGCAGGCUGCUCCAACUGGAAAAGGGUGCUUAUGGUGCUUGCCGGGUUGGCCUCCUCCGCUGCGGAUAUACAACACAACACCGUGCACUACGGCAGCGCCCUCAAGCGCCUGGAUACGUUCGACCGUCAGGGCAUCGUGCACCGGCUCAGUACCUACACCAAGAUGCUCUUUGUCCGGGAACCCUUUGAGCGGCUGGUCUCUGCUUUCCGAGACAAGUUCGAGCAUCCCAACAGUUACUAUCAUCCCGUCUUUGGCAAGGCUAUCCUGGCCCGGUACAGGGCCAACGCCUCGCGGGAGGCGCUGCGGACUGGAUCCGGUGUGCAGUUCCCCGAAUUCAUCCAGUACCUCCUGGAUGUCCACAGGCCCGUGGGCAUGGACAUCCACUGGGACCACGUUAGCCGCCUGUGCAGCCCCUGUCUCAUCGACUAUGACUUUGUGGGCAAGUUCGAGAGCAUGGAAGACGACGCCAACUUCUUCCUGCGGCUCAUCCACGCACCUGGCAACCUGACUUUCCCGAGGUUCAAGGACAGGCACUCUCAGGAAGCGCGGACCACGUCGAGGAUCACCCAUCAGUACUUCGCUCAGCUCUCCUCCCUGCAGCGGCAGCGCACCUACGACUUCUAUUACAUGGACUACCUGAUGUUCAACUACUCCAAGCCUUUCUCGGACCUAUACUGAGGGCGGGGCCUGCUGGUCAGGGCCGGGCUAUGUCCGCCCACUCACCUGUGCUUAUGCACCCAACAGGAGUUGAGCUAGCCCAAGCACAGGGUUGUGAGGCUAUGAGGCCUUGUAGCUGUGGCCCGAGGUGGCCAACAGGGGACCGCUGGACCAUGACCCUUUGUCCCACACCCUCGUUGGGUUGGUGAGCUUGAUACUGAGUACUCAGAUGGAUGCUCUAAGAACUCAGCUGAGCUAUGCUGACCAGGGAAGCCUGAAGCCCA